GAAUUGUUAUCUCUGUAUCUCCCUACUGAGUACCUGCAUCACCUCGCAGCAUGCCUUGGACGUCACCACUGGAACGGGAUUUAAGCUCCCACCGCCACCUUUUCCCCGAUCUCACAAGCAACUCGCAUUUUCAUGCUUAAUAUUAGCUGAUGCGGGGGAGGAUACAAUUGCAGGGAUAUAAAUGCAUACUCAGCCAACAUGGAAGUAGGCAGACAGAAGGAUCAUGGCUGUUCGUAUGUAUAAUGUAAGACGUUACGACGCAAUGAGGCAGAGCCUGAGGCGCAGUGGGAAAGAACGGGGAAGCAGAGCGAGCGAGCCCAAGAAAAAAGUACCCCGCUGGUUGGUGGAGCAUGACGAAAUGUACAGCCAACGGCACUGCUUGUUAUUUUUGAUCGGUCUCUCUCUCGAUUACUUCGAAGUAUUAGCAUUAUUACUCUUCCCUAUUUCAAAUACAUAAUCUAUUGCUCAUGAUCUUCUCUUCAGGUAGGUGGUUGUGUCGAUCGAGUCCGCCACGUCACAAAUCCUUGUGCAUCGAUCGCUGGCUUAGUCGGACAACUCGCGAUCCACAUCCACAUGUCUGCGCUGGUACGGAAUAAUGUUCAAUUUCCGGUUGCUCAAGAUUCAG